AAUGGCGAUGUACACAAAUAAAUUUGUGCGGUGCUCCCGGUUCGGGCCGAAUUUGACCGCGGUAGUGCGUAAUUUCAGUGCCGAAACCAAUCGGAAGUGGUUUAUUCUGCAUCCAUCAGUGAAAUACCUAUGUUUCGUGGGGGGCAGUUUGGCCGCCGUGGCCUACGCCCGAAAUCGCCAGCAGCCACGGGUGUACGCACUGCAGCUACGCAAGGAUGAGGUCACCGAUAAGGCCAUAAAACUAACGGCCCGCGAACGCCGCUUCAUCAAGUUCGCCUCGGUCGAGUUCGACGGUCAAAUCUACAUGACACCGCAAGACUUUUUGGAAUCGGUAGUUGAACAGGAGCCAAGACCAAGACUCAAACGAAAAGCGCUAACUCCGGACGAGGUACAAAAGCUGAAAGACGGCACACCGCAGCUGAAGCACGGAUCAUCGCAGCUCUUUCGCAGUUUACGUGAUAAGGGAAUCAUAUCUUAUACCGAGUACUUGUUCUUGCUGUCUGUUCUAACAAAACCACAUUCUGGAUUCCGAAUUGCCUUCAACAUGUUCGAUACGGAUGGAAAUCAACGCGUGGACAAAGAUGAGUUCCUAGUGAUUCGUCAGCUACUUGGAGGAUCACUCAAGGAUCGUGACCUAGAUGAUGCGACUAGAAAAGCUCUGCUGCGUCUGGUAUCGACUACUGCCCAGGCAAAAUUCUUGCUCCGGCAAUACCGUCCCGAAAAAUCCAAAGAUGUCAUUGAACAACAAGUGCCCCAGACGAAGAGUAACGAUAGAAAAAGCUUCAUGGAGAAAAUCUUCAGUUUUGCCUGGAAAGGAAAACGCGGCAUCGAAAGUAAGGAAGGAGAGGAACCCGACGAACAUGAUGAUUACGUCGAUGACGAACAGGGUCUGCAAAGGAAGCACAAAGUGGAUACCACGCUGCAGAUUCACUUUUUCGGAAAGAAAGGCAACCAAGAUCUGCAGUACGAUGGUUUCUACAAUUUUAUGAAAAACUUGCAGACCGAGGUACUGGAACUGGAGUUCUGCGAGUUUUCCAAAGGUCAUGAACGCAUUUCGGAGGUUGAUUUCGCGAAAAUUUUACUAAGAUAUACUUAUUUGGACACUGACGAGUACGACAACUACCUGGAUCGCCUGCUCGACAGAGAAGCCAAGGAGAAGGGAGUUUCCUUUGACGAAUUUCGCCAGUUUUGUCAAUUUCUUAACAACCUCGAUGACUUUUCGAUUGCCAUGCGCAUGUACACUCUUGCCGAUCAGCCGAUUUCGAAAGACGAAUUCGGUCGGGCCGUCAAAAUCUGCACCGGAUCGGAACUGAACUCGCAUCUGAUCGACACCGUGUUCGCCAUCUUCGACGAGGACGGCGAUGGGUUGCUCUCGUACAAGGAGUUCAUAGCCAUCAUGAAGGACCGGCUACACCGAGGAUUCAAAUCGAACGUCAAAUCCGAAGGUUGGGAAGCAUUCAAACAUUGCCUCAAACAGGAGAUGAGACAAAAUUCCUAAAACGCCUAGCGAACUGUUCCAAAUUCACCUGACUUCGCAUUUGUCCUUUCUUCGUACCAAAACAAAAAACUACAACUAAUAUAUCUUCCUUGAGCAUUUCGUCAAACAAAACUCAAGUCUAAAACCCAAAUGAUGCUACCUUUAAAUCGCUUAAGCAAAUAUGUUUGCUAUGAAACUUUGUGCUAUGUUAGGAAAAAAUAAUCUCAACCCUUUUAAGUGUGUGAUCAUGAAAUUUGUCGUAGCUUCUAAAGCUGUUGAAUUUUGAGUAAGUUUGUUAUUCUGUUGUACAGUUUAAAAAUAUUUAUUAAAACAAAAUCUAAAAGUUAAUUUAUUAAAACUUAAGUAUACGACUUUCAAAUAUACUUAGUUCAAUUGUUGCGCUAACUCUAGAACAUUAACCGUUAGUAGAAAAAUCAGUUUGAUCAUGUUAAACAGCUCCUUUCAACGCCAAAGUUUGCAAAACGAACAAAACUUUAUUCAUUCUAUAAUAUGCAUGUUGAUGAAAAAAAACCUUAGCUUGAAUCAUCACGAUAGCAGAAAAAACAUGGAAUGUUGAAUAAAUACAAAAAUCAUAAGAUAAA